CUCCCCCCCCCCCCCCCCCCACCCCUUACCCUCACCCCCCUGUCUGCUGAGACUGGAGUGGCUGUGAGCACAUUUCAACCAUUUUGCCAAAGGACCUGCACACUGGAGACAUAAACAAAGGAUACAUUACAAGAUGUAUCCACAAGGCCGGCAUCCGGCUCCUCAUCAGCCUGGCCAGCCUGGCUUCAAAUUCACUGUAGCAGAAUCUUGUGACAGGAUUAAAGAUGAAUUUCAGUUCCUGCAAGCCCAGUAUCACAGUCUAAAGGUGGAGUACGACAAACUGGCCAAUGAGAAGACGGAGAUGCAGCGCCACUAUGUCAUGUAUUACGAGAUGUCCUACGGGCUGAACAUAGAGAUGCACAAACAGACCGAGAUUGCCAAACGGCUCAACGCAAUUUUAGCUCAAAUUAUGCCAUUCCUGUCUCAAGAGCACCAGCAGCAGGUUGCUCAGGCAGUGGAGAGGGCUAAGCAGGUUACUAUGACCGAGCUGAAUGCUAUCAUCGGGGUACGUGGACUUCCCAAUCUGCCUCUCACCCAGCAACAGCUCCAGGCGCAGCACCUCUCCCACUCUGCUCACGGCCCUCCGAUCCAGCUCCCACCUCAUCCCUCAGGCCUGCAGCCGCCCGGCAUCCCCCCUGUGACCGGCUCUGGAUCAGGUCUGCUGGCGCUAGGGGCCCUGGGCAGUCAAGCACACCUCCCAGUGAAGGACGAGAAGAACCACCACGAUCUGGAACACAGAGGUGAGGAUGUUUUUGGAUUUUUCUCUUUGCAGAAUAACUCCAUAUCCCCAUCGGAAAGCUUACGCACAGCCAGUGAGAAGCACCGCAGCUCCUCUGACUACAGUUUGGACUCUAAAAAACGCAAAGUGGAGGAGAAAGACAGCAUGAGCAGAUAUGACAGUGAUGGAGAGAAAAGUGAUGACCUGGUGGUGGACGUGUCUAAUGAGGAUCCUGCCACUCCGCGCGCUAGCCCCGUACACUCGCCGCCUGAAAAUGGCAUAGACAAGCCUCGGCCGCCAAAGAAGGACACGCCCAAUAGCCCGGCAUCAGUGGCAUCCUCUGGAAGCACUCCAUCCUCCAAAACCAAGGAGCUCAGUCAUAAUGACAAAUCCUCCACGCCUGGCCUCAAGUCCACCACCCCCACACCUCGCAAUGAUGCCCCCACCCCUGGCACGAGCUCCACUCCCGGGCUCAGACCCAUCCUGGGCAAACCACCAGGCAUGGAGGCUCUUGCAGCCCCGGCUUUGCGCACCCCUCUGUCCAUCGCAGGCUCCUACCCGACCCCUUUUGCCAUGAUGGGUCAUCAUGAAAUGAACGGAGGCCUGACUAGUCCUGGUGUGUAUGCUGGUCUGCACAUCUCCCCUCAGAUGAGUGUCGCAGCAGCUGCAGCCUAUGGACGCUCCCCAAUGGGGUUUGAUCCUCACACCCACAUGAGAGCACCCGGCCUUCCAGCCAGCCUCACAUCCAUUUCUGGUGGCAAACCGGCUUAUUCCUUUCACGUCAGUGCAGACGGGCAGAUGCAGCCUGUUCCCUUCCCCCCCGACGCCCUGAUUGGCCCUGGUAUCCCACGCCACGCCCGUCAGAUCAACACGCUGAGCCACGGCGAGGUCGUCUGCGCCGUUACCAUUAGCAACCCGACGCGUCAUGUCUACACUGGUGGCAAAGGUUGUGUCAAGAUCUGGGACAUUAGCCAACCGGGCAGCAAGAGCCCAGUGUCCCAACUGGACUGUCUGAACAGGGAUAACUACAUCCGCUCCUGUAAGCUGCUGCCUGAUGGCCGCACAUUGAUUGUUGGAGGCGAGGCCAGCACAUUGACGAUCUGGGAUUUGGCCUCUCCGACACCCCGCAUCAAGGCCGAGCUCACCUCCUCUGCCCCUGCAUGCUACGCCUUGGCCAUCAGCCCUGACGCCAAAGUCUGCUUCUCCUGCUGCAGCGAUGGAAACAUUGCCGUUUGGGACUUGCACAACCAGACUCUCGUUAGGCAGUUCCAGGGUCACACGGAUGGUGCUAGCUGUAUUGAUAUAUCCCAUGAUGGCACUAAGCUGUGGACAGGCGGUCUUGACAACACUGUUCGCUCCUGGGAUCUGAGGGAAGGUCGGCAGCUGCAACAGCAUGACUUCACUUCACAGAUCUUCUCUUUAGGCUACUGUCCAACUGGAGAAUGGCUCGCUGUGGGCAUGGAAAGCAGUAAUGUGGAAGUGCUCCACCACUCAAAGCCUGACAAGUAUCAGCUCCACCUGCAUGAGAGCUGUGUCCUCUCCCUCAAGUUUGCUUAUUGUGGGAAAUGGUUUGUGAGCACGGGGAAGGACAAUCUGUUGAAUGCAUGGAGGACGCCUUAUGGCGCCAGCAUAUUCCAGUCCAAGGAAUCGUCUUCUGUCUUGAGCUGCGACAUCUCGACGGACGACAAGUAUAUUGUGACAGGCUCGGGUGACAAGAAGGCCACCGUAUAUGAAGUGAUCUAUUAGAACAGAAUGCUUUGGAUCAGAGCAUGCUCGUGCUCAGGAACAGUAGACACUUCCUCCAUCUACCUUCCCUCACACAGACAGCAUGGAUGUUGCCUGCUGCCCCGGGGUGGAUGGGCAGGAAGUUUGGCAGUGCCAGACUGAGCGAGAUGUUGGUGACGUUGUGGCCCUGGAUGCUGUAAUCUUAUGGCUCUGCCCUUCCUCACUCAUACAACUAACACUUGUACAGCAAGUGCAGUUCCCUGAGGCACUAAGAAGAAAAUAAUGUCUUGCUGUUUUUCUGUUUGUUGGAUAUUUCUUUUUUAUUCGUCCUUUUUAAUGUGGAGAUAAAGUUCCAUGACACAACUAGAAGCAGCGCUUCGCUCUGGAGCUUCUCCUCGGAGGUCCUGUGAAAAGUGUACAUAAUGGAGUAAUAAAAGGCCUUUUAUAGAUUUAUAUUUUGGUGUCCAGUUACGCUUGUGAUGGUUCUUUCUUGUUUUCCCCAUGAUUUUAUGUCCCCUCUGGGGAUGGAAAUUAGAUUAGGACUUUGUAAAAGGAUAUUCUAUUUCAGUUUUUCCUCCCCCUCUGUGUCGGUGUCCAGAAUGACCUUUUUGGAAAUCUAAUUUGGAUUUUUUUUUUUUUUUUUUACUGACAACAGCAUUUUUUCUUCGCUAUUUGCUGUAACACAGAACACAGGAACACAGACGUUCAUCAGAUGGAUUUAAACAGUGGAGAAUUCUGGAAAGGACCUGACUUUUUUUCCCGGACAGGCGGCAGGAGAAAAUCAUGUUUUCAACCCAUUUCUAUCCUCUGGACCUGUUCAGUAGAUAUUCAUCUCUGAAAAAAGACCUAUCACACAGGACACUGGCUGCUUUCAGUGACCGUUAAACUGAAAACUUUCAACAGGAGGACUAAAGGAUUUUUCUGAAUAAGCAGCUGUGACCUGCAUUCAACCUGUUCUCUCAACUACACUCGGCAAAGUUUAGUCAUCAGUCCAGGAGUUAAUUAUUUCCUCUCUGGUUUGACUCUGUGACUGAUGUGCAAGAUUUACAUGGUUACUCAUAAAGGUGGCAAAAAAAAGCCAUCACCAUUUCCGGUAUGCUCAGUUUGCUUUCAUAAAUAUUUCCUAAUAUUCAACAACGAUCUUCUCAUCGACAGGAAUGGUCUCUGCAUAAGCACACGUUAGCCUGUGUAGCAUACACGAUUCAUCAUCCCUGAGGAUUGUACAGUUGGCAGUUGUUGAUAAAUCAAUAAACUGUUUUUAUAUUUAAAAAA